GCGUGCACGUGGGGCUCCGCGGCGUGGGGCUGGCACGUAGACGGGGGGCGCGUCCCGGGAGAGACCAUGGCGUCGCUCAGCUGCGGUACCGCCGUCUGCGUUGUCUGUUUGGAGAAACCCAAAUACCGCUGCCCCGCCUGCCGCGUGCCCUACUGCUCCUUGCCCUGCUUCCGGAAGCACAAAGAGCAGUGCAAGCCUGCAGCUGGUCCUGUCGAGAAAAAAAUAAGAUCAGCUCUUACUGCAGUAACUCAAAAGCCUGUGGAAAAUGAAGAUGAUGAUGACGACUCUGUGGCUGAUUUUCUCAAUAGUGAUGAGGAAGAGGACCGAGUGUCUUUGCAGAAUUUAAAGAAUUUAGGGGAGUCUGCAGCACUGAGGAGCUUACUGCUCAACCCGCACCUCAGACGGCUGAUGGUCGACCUCGAUCAGGCGGGCGACAAGGCCGAGCUCAUGCGAGCCUGCAUGCGGGAGCCCUUGUUUGUGGAGUUUGCUGACUGCUGCCUGCGCAUCGUGGAGCCGCCUCAGCGCGAGGGUCCUUAGGGUGGAUUGCUGUGUUGCCUGCUCCUGCUGGGAGGCCGCCACGUGGGGGGCCCUGCCCAGGGGUGGCGCUGCCAGGACUCGGCGGCUGACGUCAGGUGGGCCCCCAGACCCCUUCCAGCACUGCAGGCCGGGGCGCAGGCAGGCGGAGGUACUUACGGUGGCAGACCCAUAUGGAGAGAGAACUCGAUGUUCAAAUGGUAGUUUUUAAGUGUUUUAUUUUUGGUACAAUUAAGACAUAAAUAUUUACUGAGUUUCCACACCCAUUUGAGUAAAAACUUGCUCAGUGUUUCUAAAUAAAAUUUCGGUGUGGUGUUUCU